AUGAGUUUCAGGCUGCCAUCACAGGACAAAUCCGUGCACCUUAUCAAUGAAUACGUUACCUUGAUGUCAGUUCACUUUUCAGCCGUCUUCGGUUCAUGCCGACUCCAGCAUGGGGAGCAGCCACGUGGUUCCGUCAAGAGACACAAUGAUGAAGGCAACUGUGAGGAAUUUACACACGAUGUUGAAUGA